AUGGGUCCCGCCAUCAGAUCGCCACCGUCCUGUGUGUGCGAGGGCAGCGGUGGGCGUGAGUGGGAGACUGAAUCAAAGGUGGAAGCGGCCACAGAUUCUGAGACAGAUAGUAAAGGUCUCCCGCAGUAUCAGUCCGUGGGUAUCCAAGUAGAGGAUGAGAGGAAAAUUGGGCGCUUUAAGCGGUCCAACAGUGUGACGACGGCAGUUCAGGCUGAUUUGGAGCUGGAGGGGUUUCCAUCGACCGAAGACAAGAGUCUGCAGUUUGGAGGAUUUCAGCGGCAUUCUGAACCCAGUACGCCCACACAAUACAACGCGGUUCGGACCGUACGCACACAGGGCCUCUUCAGCUACCGUGAGGACUACAGGCCCUCCAGCGGGCCAUCCAGCCCACAGCCCGAACCCUGGCUGGUCGAACCCGCUCAUGAAACAGCCGAAUCCGGACGCGUGUCGCCGCACCGCCGCGAUGGCAGCUGGUUCAUGCAGCUUCUGCACAGCGAGACCAAACGCUUGGAGGGAUGGUGCAAAGACAUGGAGCGCGAGGCGGAGGAGCAUGACUUGUCGGAGGAAAUUCUUGGAAAGAUCCGGAGUGCUGUGGGCAGCGCUCACCUCCUCAUGUCCCAGAAAUUCCAGCAGUUUUACUGGUUGUGUCAGCAAAAUCUGGACCCCAGCGCUAUGCCCCGCCCCACGGCUCAGGACCUGGCUGGGUUUUGGGAUCUCCUGCAGCUCUCCAUCGAUGAUGUCACUGCCAAGUUUGAUGAGCUGCAGCAAAUCAAGAGCAACGAGUGGAGGAUAGUGGAGAGUCCGGAGAAGAAGGAAAGAAAAUGGCCACCUCCUGUUACAAAGAGGCCUCCUAAAGGUCGUGGAGCAGUUAUGCGUGACCGCUCCUUGGAUCUGCAGGACCGACAGAGGCAAGAGGCCCGCCGCAGGCUAUUGGCUGCUAAACGGGCUGCAUCUUUCCGUCAGAACUCAGCUACAGAGCGGGCCGACAGCAUAGAGAUCUACAUCCCUGAAGCCCAAACCCGUUUAUGAAACACACAUAUGCUAUGCCUCACCAAUGCGCUUCACCAACAGGGUACAUCAUUCUGCUCCAUGUCAGUCCUCCACCCUUACACAUUGUCACAUUUGUUACACGUAUUCUUCCUCUGCUCAUCAUCUACUCUGAGCUGAGAAUAGUGGUGAGUUUAUAUAUGCCUCAAACAGAGCUCAAUGCAAAAAGGUCAUGGCAGUCUAUGCCCUCCAAAACCCGCAGCUACUGCAACCCAGUUUGGAUUUCAUUGUAGUAUGUCAGAGGACAAAACCAAGGCUUUGUUCACACUGCGCACAAAUCCAUUUUGGUUUCCACAUCUGAUGUUUAGGACACAAUUUGACAAUUCUUAUAUAUUCGCAUUUAUGGACAUACUGAGUCCAAAACCACUGACAUGUUCACUUACUCACUAUUCACUACAUAGUGAAUUUAAUGAAGCCCCUAAAUACACAUGGUUAUGGAAAAAUAAAUUAUAGGAGGAAAAAUUAUAUUUAAAUGCUUUUAUGUUCUGUUGCAUCCCGUUCUCUCACAAACCUUUUGAUUUUCCCUGAGAAGCGAUGCAUUCACUUGCAAAACUUUUGUGUUGGAAAUACAGUAGUCACCAUUUGAAGUGGAUCAAAACAUUUACAUGCCCAUAAGUAUAAGCCCAUAAGUGCCUGUAAUACACGUCAUCAACUCUUUUGUUUGAAGUAGACGCACAGGCAGACCCAAGGGAUGGCAACGGGAUGCAGUGUCUAAUUCCCUUUCUCAGGGAACCAUGGUUACAAUUGUCACCUGAGACGUUCCCUUUCGAAAUUGAAAGUCAACACUGCUUCUUCGAUUGCCGCUAUGGGGAACAAAUACCCACUACGCCAUGCUGAAGGAAUGCCUGCCUCAUUAAGCUGUGAAUAUGGACAAACAUAUUAGGCAUAGCAUAAGUUGACGCAAUGGAUUACUUAGUCGGAGCAUCAAUUAGGGGCCCAUCCAAAAAGACUCUAAAAAGACAACAUAGACUGUCUAGUGGUCAGCAGUGGGGUGGCAGUGGCUCAGUGGUUCAUGUAGAAUGUCUACAAACCGGAAGGAUUAGUAGAUUAAUGUCUACUAAUCCACCAUUAUCUAAACCCAAGGAGGCUGCAGAGGAGCUGAUGGUCUACUUUCAAAAUAAAUAAAAAUGACACUGGGGGAGAGCAGCUCAACCCUUGAAUUAAGGCACUUCUCCUAAGACCAGUCAUAGAAUUGAACAUGGGCCAUACUAGUGAGGCCUAUGAAGCAACCAUCCAAAAAAGGGAUCAUAAAUUCCUACUUCAACACCCAACCAUAGUUGUAGAGUAGAAGGGAAAAGUAGGAAAUCUAUUCUGCCCUAAAUAACCCAGUUUGCCCUGCAUCAACCCUUAAGAGGGGUACUUGUUAAGAAACCCAUUCACAGUGGAGCAUAAUUCUACUUUAGACAAUAAAAUAGGAGAAAAUAUAGCACAGCUUUGAGAGAGAGAGAGAUGUCUUCCAGAGACAAUUAACCAGUCUCACCCUGGGGGCCAGGUGAAAAUAUCUUGCCAAAAACCUACCUGGAUACAUAAGUAACCAAGCACUACUUAGCGUACACUAAAAAACGAGCGACAGAAAGAGCGGUUUCCGAUUCCUGUUUUUCUUUUAACCACACCUGGUCCAUUCCUGUUUCAGGAGCACUCUGCCACAAAAAGGCAGGCAUGGAGGACUUGCAACAUCUUUUCUUUCAUGGUGUGCAGUGCCUCCCAGGUCUGUCUUGUCUUCGCAUAUGCCUUGCCAAGAGCCGCAAGGUGGUCAGCAGCAGAGGUUAUUUACACUAUCUGCCUCUACUCUGCCCACAUACAAGCCCACGAUCGAAGCUGCCAUUUUGCUACUUCAGCAGACUUGGGGCCUCAACCGUGAGGGGGAGCUCCCUCAAAGCGGCUCAUAACAGAGAGCAAAUUCCGCCCCCUCGAGAGCUGAACACACUCGCUCUUUUGGCAAGGUGGGAGCCUUCACAGAGGAUGCAACACCAAGAGAGCUAUAGCUCUUAAGCAGCCCUUCAACUUGUGCAUCCUAGAAUACCAUUAUUAUAAAUUCCUUCCUUACCUCAAUAUGGAGGAAGCAGAUAGCAGCGGAGGAAGCAGAUAUUAUUAUUAUCUUAAUAACACUUACCUCAACUCUUUCUGCAUCUAAUCCAGGUCUAAGAAAUAGACCUGCCACAUUAUCAAAUUCGAGACUAAUCUUUCAAGAGUCAAGCCAGGGUGGAGCUUUUUAAGGCGAAUGCAUCACAUUCCCUCAAGAUCUGAACACACACUAGACUCUUAUAUGGUUUAGAGAGACUCAAACAAUAACAGAGUUUCUUACCAUAAGUGCAGCCUAUUCCCUCUAGCCAAACACACUCCAUGCUAACGUUAUAUUGUUAUCCCUCAGGAGAGAAUAAAGCAAGAACGGAGAUUACUAUGAAUGUAAGACAAUGAGCACAUCCAGCGUUAAUCUUACACAAGCAGCUCCUGAAGACAAAAAAAGCUGAUGACGUGUAUUACAGGUACCCUCUUAUACUUGCUGGCGCUUUGCUAGUGCCGUCAUGGAAUGUUGUUGGACAACACAUUCUCAUCCCAAGACGUCAUCUAACUGACGCUUUUGACCA